CACGCACAGAGGAGCCGGAGAGAGAGAGGGGGGGAACCUCAACACCGGCUUUGUGGUUUUUAUCUAUUGUCAAGCUUUUUAAUUACACCUGCUAAUCUAGCCUGUAACCGAUGAUGCUCGUCUCUGCACACUGAUUUUCACUCCGUUUAUUCACCAAACCGAUCAUAUGUACAUAGACGAAUACAUUGAAGAAGAUGAGGAACCACCUUUGCUGCUCAGCUCUUGUCCUCCUCGCGCUAUUUGGCUGUGGAGGGACUGCAGCGGUGCAGUCUCGGUGGGAGAAAGGGUGUGCGUGUCUGCAAUGCCCGGCAGGCCAGGAGCCUUCCAAGGCUUGUGGGCAGAUCCAGAGUCCAGCUGAAGAAGUGCAUUGCCAGGUGUGCCCAGCUGGAACCUUUUCAGACGCACUGGACUCUGAGGUUUGCCGUCCACACACCUCCUGUAAGAUCCUCGGCCGAAAGCUUGCAUCCUCUGGCAACGGGACCUCUGACGCCGUCUGUGGUCACUGUCUGACUGGGUUUCACUCCUCUGCCGCUGGGCAAGUUUCCACCCAAAGUCCCUGCGUGAAAAAAGGGUUGCAUGUCAGAGUGGUCCGUAAUGUGGGUAACGGUCAGUCUGGUGGAGCAGGAGGACCGGCCAACAGCACAGUGGUGCGCAGCGCUGAGGAAAAGACAGCAGAGUACGCCGUGUUUGCCCUGGUGCCCGUCUUCUGUGUGAUGGGCCUGCUGGGUAUCCUCAUCUGCAACAUCCUAAAGAAAAAGGGAUACCGCUGCACCGGUGAGAAGGAGGGAGGAGAUGAAGAGACUGCCACACCGCAGAAAGAAGGUAACACCUGUCCCUACAUAUCCGAUGACCUGAAUGAAGACACCAUCAGUGUUCUGGUUCGCCUCAUUACCGAGAAGAAAGAAAAUGCUGCUGCGCUGGAGGAACUGCUGCUGGAGUACGAGACCAAAGAGAUGGCUAUGAGCAAAGGCUCGUCAAUCAAGUUCCCGAUGCUGUCUCCCUUAUCCCAAUUCCGCUCGCUGCCCAGGCUCUGCCCUCAUCAGUCUCACCACCACACCAUCUCCGGCCUCUCUGGCCUGGCCCCCAGACACGGUUACCGCUGCACCCGUUGCGCCCAGAAAAAAUGGCCCCCUGUUCUCAUUCCACCCCUGGAUUCUCUCAAAGAUCCCCUGAAGCCCCCCCAGAGUCUCAUCCUGCCCUCCCUGGACACAUCCUCCGACCAGCAGAAGAGCCCCCUGCUGGGUGGAGAGUGCGUGAAUACACACCAUACACAAGCCGCUGUGCCAAAAACUGUACAGGAAAAGAUGGAAGGAAGUGAAGUGAAGGAGAAAAAGGAAGGAGAGCUCACAGUAUUGUCUGUAGGAAGUACCCAGCAUCACUGA